GACCUCUGGUGUGCUGCCUCGGCCGGGGGCGGUGACCUGGCUGCUGCCUGCAGGGCGCGCAUGGCAUCCAGAUGUCCGACACGACAUUGGCUGGUGCCUUCACUUCUGCUUUGUUCGCAGCUCUUGGCGUCCCGACCUGAUCCCUCCUUGGAGUGCUUGCUGCUUUGGACACCCCCACCCAUCCCGGCGACCGACGCGGAUGAGCACAGGCACCUCCUCCUUGGAUUGGCGUUUGCCGGGCGCCGCCAACGGAGAACCUUGGGCAAGGCCUUUGUCGCCGGUUGGGGGUCUAGUGCUGCUCCUCUCUGCCCUUCCGGCUUGUGGGUCAGGCCACUUCCGGUCGUACGUUGGCGUUGCCGUCGGGUUCAUUGGAUUGCGCGGCGGCCCCCGCUGACCUGGCGCCGCCACUUGCACCGACAUUGUGGGUAUGCUGGCGUCCGCGUCGGCGAGGCUGCUCAUCCUGGGCCAGCCCCUGGCACGCCCAUCGGCAGCGAACGGGCCCCAAUGGCCAUUGAUGGAGGCCCUCCUGCCCGUGAGCGCUCUCCCGCCCGGCGCCGGGACAGCCGCAUCUGGAAGACCAUGCCGCUGGUACACUUGACGGAGAGGUUCCAGCUGCCUACCGGGCCCAGCACCAGCUCGACCUCUGCUCUGUGUGUGGCGGGCUCGUGGCUUCCCGCUUUCAUGGGGCUCAUCCCCGCUGCUCGCUCUGCCUGGGCCCAGUGCCUUGCUCGAGCCCUUGGCCAGGUUGCCGCUACCAAUACCUUGCAAGCCUGGCGCGACCUCUUCAUGCUCCCCAAGGCCGUGCUUCGACCUGCCCCUCGCGGCGGGCACCGGCACAAACUGCAGGCCGCCCAGUUCACCCAGCGACGGUGUGCCCGGUGGCUCUCCGGUGAACGGGAAGAACUCUGGAACGAACCGCUCGGUGUCCGCCGCCCGCGGAGUUCUAGGGGCUUGGAUGAAGAAGCUGCCCUGGCCGGCCGUCAGCGGCGCUGCUGUGGCCUUGCCUCUGAAGGCGAAUUCUCCCGGGCUUGUGCGGCUCUGGUCUCCCCCCCUCUCUUGGACAACACCGACGACGUGGCAGUCAAACUCCAAGCCAAGCACCCUCGAGCCACGCCUGCCAGACCUGCUCUGGUCGCGCUUGGCCCGCCUCCAUUGCCAGCCGUGCCAGAGCUCGGGGUGGAGGAUGUGGUCCAUGCCAUCCGGAGUUUCAGCCGCGGCAGUGCAGCUGGGCCAACUGGCUUGCGCGGAGAUCACCUACGUGAGGCUUUGGGCUCUGCCCACGGCGAUGAGAUGGCGGUCCACGCCUUGCCUGAGGUCGCCCCUCACCUUGCCGGGGCCACCCUUCAUGCAUUGCCCAAGGGCGCCGAUGACGUCCGCCCCAUCGCUGUCGGUGAGACAUUGCGGCGGCUAACAGCCAAAUGCCUCUGCAAUGAUGUCCGGGUGCCAGCCCGGGAUUUUUUGUGUCCCCUGCAGGUUGGGGUAGCCACCCGUCAUGGCACAGAAGCGGUGGUCCACACAGCCCGACAGUGGGUGCAGCGGCACGCCGGCAUCCCGGACCAAGUGCUUCUCAAAAUUGAUUUCAGCAACGCUUUCAACACCGUGGAUAGGGCAGCCCUCCUUCGCGAGACUCGCCUGCGGCUGCCUGGGCUCUCCCCUUGGGCCGAAGGGUGCUACGGGCACCACUCGCGACUCUUGUUUCAUGGAGAUCCUUUGUCCUCAGAAGCUGGGGUGCAACAAGGCGAUCCGCUGGGCCCCCUCCUUUUUUCCUUGGCCCUUCACCCUGCGCUUCAAGCUGCUCGUCGUGGGGGGGCCCCAGAUCUUCAGCCCCCACUCGUGGUUAGCUACUUGGAUGAUGUCUGCCCUGCGGGAAACUACAGGCAAGUCAGCGCCGGGCUUGUCCGACUCACUGCAGCGGCUCGCCAGGUUGGGUUGCAGGUAAACCCGGCCAAGUGUGAGCUGGUCACCUGCGGCGGCGCGGCUGCCGCUGUCGACCUAGCGCUUUUUCCUGCAAACAUGCCCUUCAACCAGAGUGGUGGCUUCGAAUUGCUGGGAGCACCUAUCGGCGACGCCACCUUUUGUGAAGGCUACACCCACACUCAGAGGGUCAGCAAGACGUUUCCCCUCUUGGAAGCUUUGGCCAACUUGGGAGAUGCACAAACCAGUUUGCUGCUCCUCCGCCAAUGUGCCUCAUAUUGCCGUUUAGUUUAUGCAACCCGUGCCACUCCCUCCAUUGGGCUUGCCCCGGCACUUAUAGCUUUUGAUUCGGCCGUCCGGGCCUGCUUGGAAACUGCCUGCACUGGACCACUCACUGCCGAAGCUUGGCUUCAAGCUACCCUCUCCACCAGCCAUGGCGGGCUUGGGUUGCGUGCUGUUGCCACUCAUGCUGCCGCUGGGUACGCCGCAUCCGUGUUUGCCACCACAAGCCUUUGUCAGGAGAUCGACCCAGCGUAUCAAAGUGGAUUUGCUGCCGCCAUCCAGCUCGUGAAUUCGCAGCUCCCGGCUGCUGACCACUUCCCUGUCCCCGCGCCGCCUUCCUUACGACAACAAGUUUUGUCCAAGGCGCUGGACCGUGUGGUGGUCACGCACCGCCCUGCAGCUGCAGUUCGGGAACCGUCGCCAGAGAUCAUGCAUGCUUCAGACAGUGAAGAUGUGGAACAGAAAGAUGGCGAGCAGAGUGACAUCUUAGAUGCCUCGGACUGUGACGUAGCUGAAGGCACUGAGACAGAGGAGAUGGGCUGGGAUGAGCGACAGCUUCCUGCAGUGGACUCGGUUGGGGUGGCCAACUUCAUCAAUGCCACCUUGGACAGCCAGCCUGAACUUGUGCAGCGAAUCCAGACGGCCCUCGCCGAUCGAGAAGUGACUGUUGCCUCGAUAUGUUCUGGUUGGGGUGUAGCUGAGAUGUGCAUCACCUCCAUCAACGAGUACUUGGAACAACAUGCUCCUGGGAAGGCUGGGCGUUUGGUUCUUUCCUUCAGCUGUGAGUGCGAGCCCUUCAAAAUCAAUUGGCUCCGCAAGGCUUUUCCGGAUACCAAGGUUUUCACCGAUAUGAAGGACUUGCAUACGGGCAAGGCCUUUGAUGCAAAGUGCCAGUUUAUGGCCACUGUUCCCAAGGUGGAUGUUGUGAUCGAUGGGUACCCGUGCAAGAGCCUGUCGAAGCAAAAUUCGCAAGCUCGCAGCUUCUUGGAUGAAAGUUCGAAGUCUGGAGAAGGGUUCAAGGCUUUGAAGGACUAUGUGGACUAUGCAUCUCCGAGCGUGAUUAUCUGCGAGAAUGUGGGGGUGAUGGCGCACUCGCGGCGAGGAUUUGGCGGUGAAAAGCCGAUUGAGAUUCAGCAGCACCAGUUCAACAUUCGUGGAUAUUUUGGUUUCUACCAGACGGUCAAUAGCAAGCAGUUUGGUCUCAGGCAGUGCCGCACCCGGGUGUAUUCCAUCUAUGUGAAAAAGAUCGAAGGAAACACGAAGUUGCUCGGCUCUAUCUUCAAUUCCUUCAAGUGCGGCCUUCUUCCAGUCCAUAUGUUUUUGGAUCAUGCUGAAGAUCCCGUUGUGGACAAUGGCACCGCCCUCAAAACCAAAGCUGGCUCUGGGCAGAAGUGGAAGAUUGGGUUCAAAGAGUGCUGCAAGGUUCUUGGAGAAGCCAAAGUCAAGAAGAACAUGGAUAUUCUCCGGAAGUUCAACAUGCCCUUGACCGACCGUGAAUAUGCCAUCUUGGCUGUGAGUGUUACUGAGCUGGAAGCUGCAGGUUACACGCCCUAUGAGUCCAAGUAUCCCAUCCAGGUUUUCCGCCCCUAUUGCUGCUGCAGCACUUUGCGCUGCCUUGGGAAGCUGGCGCCAGACUGGGACAGAGCAGUGAUGUCCAUUGUGUCUCAGAUUGUCGCUGGUCCGGAAACAGCUGCAGUGCCAAUGUCUUCGGAGGGGGCACCCGCAGUCAUCAAGUUGACCAGUGCGUUGAUUGAGAAUUUGUUCAGCUUGCGGCAUUGCUCUGACAAGUCCAUCCACCUGGACGAUGUGGGCGAACUGAAGGUCAAGGAUGGCCUUUUCCAGUGGCCUGUUUUGCAUGGAGGCACUUUCAAGCAGCUGGCUGCACGUGCGUGGACAGAUCCCGAUCGCCUAUGUGAGAUGUCAGCCAACUUUGUGAGCCGGGUGGGGCUCACGAGUUCCAAUGAUAUUGGUGAGUUUGUGCAGGAGUUUUGCAAAGUUGAGGCUUGGCCUCCAGAGAAGGGCCUGGAGUUUGAGACGUCGAUCUUGAGUUGGUCGUUCGAGGAUGCAGCUUUCUGGCGGGGCAAGUCCGUUGCAAUGUCAGAGAUCAUCAACUACGCUCGGAGCAUCGCCUCCACCAGAUUUCGAGAGGCUUGCAAGGGCGUGACAUGCAGCUGGUAUGGUGGUGACAAGCAAGCAUCAGGCACUGCCAGCCUGGAUGAGGAUGCAGAUGUUUUGUUCGCAUCAAGUCCUGAUCAGCAGUCAGGCGGAGAACCUGAAACCUUCUUUGCUUCUGACGAAGAAGCCAGCUCUUUUGGUUCCAGGAAUCAGGAAAAGAGUGAAGAUGAGCUGUUUUAUUCAUCAGAUGGAGACGAGAGGGCUCGGAAACGAGCCCGGCACGCACCCCGUCAGAGGGACAGUGCCAAAUUCCUGGAAAAAGAAGUUUGUCGUCGAGCUUUAGCAGCUUUGUUGGGUAUAGGCGGAUCCACUUUUGAGAGAAUUCGACGUGGAGAAGCUGCCUACACGAAUGACGCCAGAAAACCAUUGCAGAAACACCCUACCUUCGGCUUCUCUUUGAGAGGUGACACGGGAAAGGUUUGGGAAGAAAUUGUCAUGUUCUUCUACCACAUCUACCAUACCUCUGCAGAAGUUAUGCCCACAGGAUGGCACACCAUCAAAGAGAGAGGUGCUCAGCCUUUAGAAACACCUUUUCCGGAAGAUUGCCAAAAUGCUGGUGCAAACGCAGAGGAACUCCAGCGACUUGUCAAUAGCAUUGGGCGCACCCUGAACACUUUCGCCACGGACGUGGAUUGUCAGAUGAUCGGUCCCGGUACUUUUGCUGGACCCAGGCGGUGCCUCCAGCAUGGGAACAGGACUGACCUUUUUUGGGAGUAUUUGGCUUUUGCCGAAUCGCGCAAAGUUAAGCCUGCAUCGUACAACACCUACAUGCGAGUGGCUAAUUCAGUUUUGGGGCCAGGCUUGAGAGAUGGCCACCUAAGGUUUCGGAAGCAGAGUGAGCACGCUCAGUGCGACUAUUGCUUCCAAGCCCGGGAGCGCAUCAGAAAGGCCUACUUUGUGGAUUUGCUUGCCAAUGGGCAGCGCCUUGCCAUUUUCCACAUCACAUCUUUGCCUAUGGACCUCAAGAAGAAUUCCGAAUGCACUAUGGAACAGGUGGCGCGCACUUUGGACAAGAUUCUGUAUGAGAAGAAGAAUUUACCCGCAGGCCACGAAGACGUGGACCAGUAUUUCUCUCAAGUUGCCGCUUUCCUCACCCCUCAAGAAUUCUCUGUUCCUGAUGAUGUCGUGACUCUGUUGGACAGCGCCACCCGUCCGGAGCAUGAGCCAGAUAUGCAUCGGAAGUUAGCAAAACGAACAAAGGUCACGACGCAGGCAUACAAGUUAGAUGAGGAUAUCGAUCCGGUUUCCUUUGGUUCAUGUGAGGUUGAGGAGCUGAGAGGCAUUGAUCACCAGCCCCAUGGAAGUGAUGUUCUGCUUUUGUGCAAACGGUUCAUGGCAGACCCAGAGCCCUUCCGUGUGAUUUGCCUUGUUAGUGCAGCGACUUCUGCGCAACUUCGAUCCAGCUUCCAACAGCCGGUGGGUGUUUCUGAUCGGAGAGCCAUCUCAGAGACCCUGCGCAAGAACUUGAAGGCAAAAGCUCCUGUUUGUCGCAGGCAAGGUUCGAUCACACUGGAUGCAGAGGCUUACCUCAUAGGUUUCGAGUUUACACUGUCUUGCGAGCCGAUGAGGAUUCAGACGAAGAAGAGGAUAGUUCGCCAGAACACGGCCUCGAAAGUUCAGCCAGUGAGUUCUUUGACAUGGGCAUCCAUUUUAGCCACCUUGGGCGAAGGGAUCACCUUGGAUCAAGCGAUGAUGGCGUACAACGCACACCCAGAUGUUGCAGCAUUCGAGGGAGAGGGGGCGGUGAAGAACCUGUUCAGCAGAACAUCCAACGCAGCUUUUGAAGUUCUUCUUCAGAGCACUCAUGACAUUGCGUGGGCUUUUGGCCCUUUCGGUGAGGUCUUUGGCACAUACAGCUUUGCAUUUCUUGGCUCUUCCCUGCCUCUUGAAUCUGGGUCGCCGAUGGAUGAUUGCAUUCCUUCUCCUUUGCCAAACGAGCCUUGUGUGACCAUUGAUUGGAGCCUUCCCAUGACAGACUCAGCCCAAGUGAUUUUGUUCCAGAGGAUCCUAGCGCACUGGAACAGAUCAACAGCAAAUUUUCCGGUUGCCAUGAAAAAGAAGUACAGGCUGAGCGCAGAAGAAGUGCAGGAUCUGCGCCACCGAAUCGUCCUUUUUGACCAGCUGCUGCCUCACAUAAAGACCAGGAUGGCCCCUGAGAAGGUUGAUGAAUGGCUGGCAGAAGUCAGUUCUUCUUCGAAGCGGGACGCUGACCUUCAGCAACUUUUGACUUCCAGGCCACCACGGUUUGCCAUGUCCAUGUUGCUCUCUGAACAGGAAUCCGCGAAGAAGGACUUGCUUGACACUGAGCAGAAGAGAAUUGAAGACAAAGAGGCCCAGCAGGCCGAAGUCGAUGCAGCUCAGUGGUCCUUUUUCAAAGGCGCUCUUAAAAGAGAUCAUGGAAAGGUGGAACAGGCGCAAGCUGCCCCACGGCUUGUCCGGCAGAAGUUGCACCAGAAGCAGGUUCAGCAACGAGCUAAGCUGGCAACAGAAGGUGAGCAUGCUUGCAAGGGAUACCAGGACUGCUAUCUCCGAGUCUUGCAGCUUGAGAAGAUUGAGCAUGCCGCCGGUGAGAUUUCCAAGAUGAAGCAGCAUGUUGUUUCCUGGCUUGAGCUGUUCUCGUUGCAUCAGGCCAACCAAACUCAUACUUCCCCUGACGAUGUGCACGUCGUUGGAUUUGUGGAUUACAACGCUCCAGGGGCACGGCAAGCUUCCAAGGUCGACAUCCUAUCUCAAGGCAUCAACCUGUGCAACAACCUUGGUGCCUCCAAGCAGAACGUGUGCAUGAUUCUCCUGCCAGAUCUGGCCAGAGAUAGCUCUCUCCGUGGGCUUUGGGAUGAGGAGAAGCAGAUCAUAGAGUCGCUAUUCGGCCAGAAAUUGGAUGUGGAGACCAGGUUUAUCGACUUGUUGACACGCGAGCCCCGAUCAGAAGGCCGCUCAUGCGUCAGAAGGUGGGCUGCUGGCCGAUUGGUUGUCAGUUCCGAAUCCAAAAAUGAGAAUCAUUGGCUGAACAGUGAGCUGGCUGUCUGUGGAAGACCAGUAGGACGUGCUGAGGGUGAGAAUGGUGCGCCGUGUUCCAUUCUCCCACGGUCAAGCGCCUUACUCCUUCCCGAGGGAGCAUCACCAGACAGCGAUUUGAAACUGGCUGACCGCACAAGACCAUCGCCGGAGCAGACUGCAGCACAGAAAGGCCAACAGCGGCUGCAACUCCUGAUCGAGUCACUGUUCCGCCACUCUGGCGUGAGGUCCCCUUGCUUGGUGGUUAACCUGACAGGGUACGUGGAGGAGCUUGCAGCAGCAGUUCUGAAUUUGAGGCUUUCUGGCAAUUUGGCAGGAGAAGGUGGUGGUUUCAUGUGGGAGAACCUUUUCUACUUGAGCCUUCACACCCUUGAUUCAGCAAUGGGCGUACAGUACGCACGCACUCGCGUUGCCCGAGAGUUGCUUGAUGGAUGGCUUUCGAAGCGCAUCAGCUUCAACGGCAAGAAGUUUGAAGACGCGGAAUGUGUGCUGACUGAUGAGGAGAUGAGAAGCAUCCCUGGCGCUGAGUGUGUCAGAUCUGUUGACUCCAUGAGUCUUGAAGUUCUUGUACGCGAAGGGACCAAGUUGGUCAUCCAUCCUGACCAAGUUCGCCAGUGGCAAGCAAAGGGGCCGAAGUUCGAGGAAGAGUUCCAGGAGCUUCGCCAAGCCCAUACUGAGAAGUACGAGACCAUGCUCGCAUCCAUGAUUCAACAGUCUUCCGGUGGAGCUUCUGCCGGGGCCAGUCAACUUGUGGCAGCUGAAGUGGAGGAUGAGCCGGAGCAAUCUGAGAACCAAGCCGAGGGUGAACCCGAAUUGGUGAAGUUUGAAUCCUUUGCCAAGCUGUCUGAAGCUGAUCCUGUGACAAUCCGAACCGCUUCGGAAAUUACUGGUGUCGAGCUGAUCAAGACUGCGUCCAAAAAAAAUUUCAUGAUGGCAGACAAGCAGAAAGCCAUUCCUCGCCAUAGCAUUUUGGGUGGCUUUGGCACCGGAAAGCAACUUGUCGAGCACAGCUCGAUCACUCCAGAGUGCACCCAUCAAGAAGUCAUGACGCUCUACAAGCUUCUGAUUCACCUGGAAAGGGUGAAGCGCCUGACCGAAUACAAGAUCUCCUACACGGACUGCGCCCGGGCGGCUGGAGAGUCUGGGGGCGGUGAUAGCUUCAGAGUCAACUUGAAGCAGCCCCACAAGUACAAGCGCUUGGCAGGCACCAGUGAGCGAACCUCCUCCAAGUCAUUUUUUGGCACCUGCAUGUCGGAGGUUGAGCAAAGCACUGUGAUUGGCAAGGUCUUCCGGUUCCGCUUCGAGCGGGUCAGUGGCUGCAUCAAGCUGCAGAAGCCCUAUUGCUUGAUCCUGAAGGGCAUCACUUUGAAGCCAAAUCAACCUGUUCAAAUUGCGUGCGAAAGCUUGGAGUUCCUGCCCAGCAUUUUGUGGUUUAAAGUCUUUGAUACGGAUAUCCUUGCUGAUUUUGCAAACCGCAGCAUAAUGAGGCACGUCCUGGCAGAAUUUGCAGACUUUUGCAAAGGAUGCUUGUUGAGCGUUGCGUGGUUUCAUUUCAUGGUGAUGAAACGCAAGUCUUGGCUUCAGAAGCACCGUGCUUGGUUGAAGAACAAGAAGUCGUUUGAGAAAGCUUCCAAAAAAUUGCGGCGAAUGACACAGCACAUCGGCGACAUUGAGCUGCUUCCUCCGCCGGCUCCUGCUUCGGCCAUUGAAACUGAACGCAUGCUAGUGGAAUGGUCCAUGGAGCGAAUCUUACGAGGAAUGGAAGCUGGAACCUGGAGACAGCUUCUCAAUCUGUUGCAGCUAUCCCUGGUCCUUUCUCCUUACCGUACAUUCUCCAUGGCGGAACUUGACGACAUCAAGUUGUCUUUGGCUAGCUUCUACCAGCUUUCCCUGAAAGCCCGAGAUGCCGGUGUAGUAGAAGAUGAGUUUGAAGUCGUGAAAGAGACGGGAAUUCAACUGGUGCAGCAUCUCGGUGUGUGGGCCUCAACGAAGCCGUUGGCUGACUUGAGCACAGCGGUGAUUGCAGCCAAGGUGAUCGCCGAGUUGGGCCCGAAAGCGGAUGUCAAGCCCAUUUGCCAUGCCUCUCUUGGUGCAGCUGUGGAGAUGAAAAACAUUGGGUAUUUGAGCACCCUGGAACCGAAAGUUCUCGAGCGAAUUGGUUUCAUGGCCAGGCUGGCCAAUCAGCACAUUCGCUGCUGGUUGUGGUCGGACGAAGUGAUAGGGGUGGACCCCUUGUACAAUUUAUGCUACCAGGCCGAUUCCAGCUACAAGCCGCCGCAGCCUGAUUUUGCCAUGGAAGAUUCGCAGGAUGACAUGACUGGAAAAAAGUCUCCAGAGCAAGCUUCGAGUGCGACGGCAAAAGGUGAGCGGCUUCCUGCAACUCCACCCCAGACAGUUGCACGAAAAAAGCUUGCUGAAAAAGACAAACCUCAGCCUGAUUCCCAAGGAGAUGACGGCAGCAUUUUCUAUGAAUCUGACCCUGAAGAAACUUUAGACGCAAAGAAGCGGCCAGCUGGAAACCAGCUGAAACCAGCCGUGUUGAAACGGCCAGCUUCAGCUAAAAAGCUCAAGCGUCCAGCCGCAGCAGGUUUGGAUGAUGACACCCAGCAUUUGGAUGAGCAGUCUCGAGUUGCUGAUGAGCAGGUCGAGCCGGAGGCUGGGAAGUGCAAACGUCCAGCUGCAGGUUUGGAUGACACCCAGCAUGUGGAUGAGCAGUCUCCGGUUGUUGAUGAGAUGGCUGAGCCGGAGGCAUCUCCAGUUGCUGAUGGGCAGGUCAAGCCGAAAAAAUCAGCUAGGAAGUGCAAACGUCCAGCUGCAGCAGGGUUGGAUGAUGACCAAUCUCUUCCUUCAGAGGCAGUUGCUGACGGGCAGGUUGAGCCGAAGCAGGGUGCGAAGAAUUUGGGAAGUGAUGAGAAGCCAAUUUCUGCAGAUGACAAGUCGAAAGUUUGGUGCCCGAAUGCCGAUUACUCAUACAAGAGCACUGAUGGCCGCUGGGAGUCUCACGAAACCACCAAGUUUCGCGAGAUUGGAUUGCAGUUGGCUGCUCCUGCAGCUGGCAAGGAAGCUUACCGGGCCCAUUUCCAACUUCUUCAGCAACCCGGAGCGGGGGCUUGGCUUCAUGCUGUUCCCAGCCCAGCCCUGGGUCUGCAUGUGGUGACACCGUUAUUUCGGAUCAUGGUGCGCCUCUGCUUGCGCUUGCCCGUUGCUGAUUCCGACCUCGCUUGCCCGCUGUGCGAUGGCACCGCUGACAGAUAUGGGGACCAUGCCCGGGUGUGCCCUUGUGGAGGCGACCGAGUCAAACGGCACAACCACCUCCGGAACCUUCUGGCUGCUCGCGCCAAAACCGCGGGCCUCCAGCCCGAAGUUGAAAAGGCAAACCUGCUGCCACCGCGGCCUGAGCAUCAGGGCGGCGCCGAGGAUGGUUCUCCCCAUGUUGGCCACCAGCCUGCGAGCCAGCGACGGCCGGCCGAUGUCUGGGUACCUAACUGGAACCUGCACGGCCCUGCCGCGUUUGAUCUCGCAGUCACCUCUGGCUUGCGACAAGGGCAGUUGGCGCAUUCCAUUGCCGAUGGUGGGCGGGCUACCCUUGACUAUGAGCAGCGCAAAUGUCAACACCUCAACACAUGGCAGGCCUGCGCAACCGAGGGCCUACAGUUCUUGCCUUUGGUUGUUGAAGGCUGUGCUGGUGGAUGGGGCCCUACUGCUUCGAAAACUUGGCAGCUGCUGGCUGCGGCUUUGUCUUCUCGAAGUGGCGAAGGGGCCAGCGUUGAACUGCAGCGGAUGUUGCAAUCCUUUAGCAUCGCGCUGCAGCGCGAAAAUGCUCGGGCA